AUGGCUGACAGGCUAGUUGGAGAAGGGAUUGAAGGAGUUCUAAGAGCUGUUCUUUUGGGCAUGGGCAUUGUAGAGAGGAAUAUGCUUUUGCAGUGGGAUAGCUAUUGUGGUGCAAUUAUUUUCUGGGAAGCAAACGAGGUAUAUGCAGAGCAAAUGAGGGGGGUGAUGGAGAAGUUGUUCAAGUGGUUGUCAUUAGGGAUUGGGCUAGAAAGGGAUGAGUUCAACAAGGAGCUGGGUGGGGAUGAGGUGGUAUACCUUAUGAAGAUCAAUUAUUACCCACCAUUGGCACUUGGUGUGGUGGCUCACACCGACAUGUGUGCACUCACCAUUCUCGUACCAAAUGAAGUCCCAAGAUUACAAGUCUUCAAAGGUGACCACUGGUAA